AUGCCUGGUAACAGGAGAAAGGUUAGUGAACAACAGAACAGGAGAAAGGUUAGUGAACAACAGAACAGGAGAAAGGUUAGUGAACAACAGAACAGGAGGGAAGAGUGUGAACAACAAAAAGGAGGGAGGAGUGUGAACAACAGAACAGGAGAAAGGUUAGUGAACAACAGAACAGGAGAAAGGUUAGUGAACAACAGAACAGGAGGGAGGUUAGUGAACAACAGAAUAGGAGAAAGGUUAGUGAACAACAGAACAGGAGGGAGGUUAGUGAACAACAGAACAGGAGAGAGGUUAGUGAACAACAGAACAGGAGAAAGGUUAGUGAACAACAGAACCGGAGGGAGGUUAGUGAACAACAAAACAGGAGGAAGGUUAGUGAACAACAAAACAGGAGAAAGGUUAGUGAACAACAGAACAGGAGAAAGGUUAGUAAACAACAGAACAGGAGAAAGGUUAGUGAACAACAGAACAGGAGAAAGGUUAGUGAACAACAGAACAGGAGAAAGGUUAGUGAACAACAGAACAGGAGAAAGGUUAGUGAACAACAGAACAGGAGAAAGGUUAGUGAACAACAGAACAGGAGAAAGGUUAGUGAACAACAGAACAGGAGAAAGGUUAGUGAACAACAGAACAGGAGAAAGGUUAGUGAACAACAGAACAGGAGAAAGGUUAGUGAACAACAGAACAGGAGAAAGGUUAGUGAACAACAGAACAGGAGAAAGGUUAGUGAACAACAGAACAGGAGAAAGGUUAGUGAACAACAGAACAGGAGAAAGGUUAGUGAACAACAGAACAGGAGAAAGGUUAGUGAACAACAGAACAGGAGAAAGGUUAGUGAACAACAGAACAGGAGAAAGGUUAGUGAACAACAGAACAGGAGAAAGGUUAGUGAACAACAGAACAGGAGAAAGGUUAGUGAACAACAGAACAGGAGAAAGGUUAGUGAACAACAGAACAGGAGAAAGGUUAGUGAACAACAGAACAGGAGAAAGGUUAGUGAAGAACAGAACAGGAGAAAGGUUAGUGAACAACAGAACAGGAGAAAGGUUAGUGAACAACAGAACAGGAGAAAGGUUAGUGAACAACAGAACAGAAGAAAGGUUAGUGAACAACAAAACAGGAGAAAGGUUAGUGAACAACAGAACAGGAGAAAGGUUAGUGAACAACAGAACAGGAGAAAGGUUAGUGAACAACAGAACAGGAGAAAGGUUAGUGAACAACAGAACAGGAGAAAGGUUAGUGAACAACAGAACAGGAGGGAGGUUAGUGAACAACAGAACAGGAGGGAGGUUAGUGAACAACAAAACAGGAGGAAGGUUAGUGAACAACAGAACAGGAGGGAGGAGUGUGAACAACAGAACAGGAGGGAGGUUAGUGAACAACAGAACAGGAGGGAGGAGUGUGAACAACAAAACAGGAGGGAGGAGUGUGAACAACAGAACAGGAGGGAGGAGUGUGAACAACAGAACAGGAGGGAGGUUAGUGAACAACAGAACAGGAGGGAGGAGUGUGAACAACAGAACAGGAGGGAGAAGUGUGAACAACAGAACAGGAGGGAGAAGUGUGAACAACAGAACAGGAGGGAGAAGUGUGAACAACAAAACAGGAGGGAGGUUAGUGAACAACAGAACAGGAGGGAGGAGUGUGAACAACAAAAAGGAGGGAGGAGUGUGA